AUGGAGCUGCAUCAUUGGCUCCAGCAACAGGCUUUCUUCGACUUCCACCGGACGCAUGGAAUUCAUGUGACGCAGUAUUCGCCGUUCGGCAACUCGAAUAAAAUCUAUGGUUCCCGCGAGCAACAUGGUCUGCUGGUAAAUGAUGAUACCUUGGUCGAGAUCGGAAAGAAGUACGGAAAAUCUUCUAACCAAGUGGCUUUGGGUAUGUCUGCCAUUUUGUCCUUUGAGAUGGAACUAACCAAUUUUCGUAGCCUGGGGUAUCUCACAAGGUCGUUCAGUUUUUCCAAAUCAAAGUCGCCGGAACGAAUCACACAAAACUUUGAUAUUGCCUUAGAGCUGGAGCCUUCGGAUAUUGAAAAGAUCAAUUCGAUCGAUAAGAAGAUCCGGUUCAAUGACUCGAGCAAAGAUUUUGUUUACGAACUCUUCACAGACCUUGAUGGGAAGCAAAAGUGA